GCGUUCUGCGGACGGUUCCGCAUCUCCUGCAUCUCCCGCUCCUCCCGCUCCCGGCCAUGGAGCACUCGCAGGUUGCCAUCAUCGGCAGCGGACUCAUUGGUCGCAGCUGGGCCAUGGUGUUUGCUGCUGGAGGCUUCAAAGUGAAACUUUAUGAUAUUGCACAACAGCAGCUAACAAGUGCACUGGAAAAUAUUCGCAACCAAAUGAAAGAGAUGGAGAAGUCGGGAUUCCUGAAAGGAUCAUCUAGUGCGGAACAGCAGUUUGCUCUCAUUAGCAUUUGUACAGACCUGAAGGCAGCAGUAGAGGGUGCUACUUUCAUUCAGGAAUGUACUCCAGAGAACUUGGAACUAAAAAAGAAGAUUUUUGGUCAGUUGGAUCUUAUUGUGGGCGACAAUGUUAUCUUGAGCAGCUCGACCUCUUGCCUCUUACCCAGCAAAUUGUUCACUGGCCUUAAACAUGUUAAGCAGUGUAUUGUGUCACAUCCUGUAAAUCCGCCUUACUUUGUGCCAUUGGUUGAAAUUAUUCCUCAUCCAGAAACAGAUCCUUCUACUACAGAGAGAACAUAUGCCCUGAUGAAGAAGAUUGGUCAAUCUCCUGUCAAACUAAACAGAGAAAUUGAAGGGUUUGUUCUGAAUCGACUACAGUAUGCAGUGAUAAGUGAAGCCUGGAGACUUGUGAGUGAAGGAGUAAUAUCUCCUACUGAUCUAGACCUUGUGAUGUCUGACGGAUUGGGAAUGCGAUAUGCAUUUAUUGGACCUCUGGAAACCAUGCAUCUUAAUGCAGAAGGUAUUGCAAAUUAUUGUGAAAGAUACUCUGAAGGAAUGAGACUUGUUCUGAAUACCUUUGGGCCAGUUCCAGAAUUUUCAGGUGAAAUUGUGCAGAAAGUCAAUCAGGCAAUGUCUGAAAAAAUUCCAGUGGUGCCAAAAGUCCUGGAUGCCAGGAGAAAAUGGAGAGAUGAAUGUCUCAGUGGUCUUGCCAAACUGAAAACACAAAUGAAAUCCAACUGAGGUGCACCUUGUCUAAUAGGAGAGACCAAAUGAAGAGCAGAUCUUCAUUAAAAAGUGGAAAUUUUGUGUCGUGCAGAAGAGGAGACUGAAUGUGCAACCAAUGAUAUGUGCACAUGUAGAGACCAAUGAAACAUUUGGUCCAGAUUUGACAAAUUAAUGAAUAACUAGGAACAGUUAUUAAAAAGUUCAGUUAAAAUUUAUCAAAUUACUGUAUAAAUGCAUUAGAUGUGCAAGCAUUAAGUAGCUUUAGCAAUAUUAAUAUUGUGCAAUGCUGGAACACAAUCAUGUUUUAAAUAAUGCAUUUUUCAGCUUGCUUAGGAAUUCAGCACUUGAACAAUAUUUGCUUAUGCAGGGAUCUGAAGCAGGCAAACAUCGUCUUGUUUGUCACUGGAGAAAAUUAUCCCUCACCCACCAAUCACUGUGCCAGUGAGGUUUAUUUGUGAGGCUGUGGCUGCAGAUAGGAGAAGGCUGUAUUGAGUAAAGAGUGGAUUUACUGGCCAGUAAGCUGAGACCUCAGCAGCAGUAAGGGUCACUUCAACUCAUCUCUCUUACUGUACCACAAUGUAGGGGAAAGAAUUGCUCCUUCUUUCCCACCCUUUGGCACUUCUGUAUCUGUAUGGUGAUCUAAAUGUAAGUAAAUAGAGAAAAUUCCCCCCUUCGUUCCCUACCCCUGGUUCUGUUAGACUUACCAGAGACCUACUUGGUCUUCAAGACCAUGCACUUGAUACCCCGUGGCUUUUCCCACCAAUGUUUGGUGCUGGCCAUAGACAUUGCUGCAUUAGUAUGUGCCCCAUUUUAAGACUUGUCUCUGAGAAAUAAGAGAUUUUGAUUUAGUAGCUAGUUUGGGAGACAGGACCGUGUAGUGGGUCUGUCUGGGCUUUCUCCGUGACCAUCUAAAUGAUCUUGGGAAGCCAGUUCACCUCUCUCAUGCCCGGUCUGUUUUAUCCAUUAGCUGAAGCAAGAUCUGCUUCUUUAGGACUCAGCUGUAGUGAGUGUAACAGCUGCAGCUGAAGGGACCUCAGGGAUCUGGGUUGGAAUUAGAUGGUCUUUAAGUUCCCUUCCAACCCAAGCCAUUCUUUGGUUCCGUGAUCUGCUAUUUUGCUCCCCUGCAGAGGGAAAGAUACAGUGACUUAAAUGUAGCAUUUCGGCUUUACUGAUGCCCUUCCCUUUGGGAGACAUAACAUCUCCUCCACAGGCAAGGACGCAGGAUACACCUGGAAUUAAUAUCAACCUCAGGUGCUACCGUGGCAGGUUUUCUUCCACAGCAAAGUGUUAUUAUGAAUGUCUGAACCCUGUAAUAUGGUUGGACUUUGAUCUUAACUGGAACCUUGGGGCAUUAUUGUUAUGCAAAUAGUAAGAAUAACUUGAAACAGUGCAUUGCACCCACCCUUCUUGAGUUAUGCGUUUCUGAAUUUGUGCUAACUGGUCAUGUAACUUCAGUCACAGCACAGGUGCAGAAGUUUUAAGCUGUCGUUUUGCUAAUUCUCAUGUUUUUUUAUAGAGGA